AUGGAUAGGAGGAGAUUAAAGAAGAAUUCAAGAACUAUGGAUAAAAAAAAAAGAAGAGCUCAAGCGGCAAACUAUUUAAUAGAAAAUAAUGAUAAAUACAUUCGUAGAUACCCGGAGAAGGAGCUUGUACGAAUUCUUAAGGAAUCUGGUUAUCAUUCAGAGGAGUGGGAGGAAACCGAUUCUGAUGAAGAAAAUGAUAUAAUUGGUGAAGAAUCUGCUGUUAAAGAAAAGACAAUGUCAAUUCAUAUAUAUAAAACAUGGUGGCGUUCUUCUGCACUUCAGCAUUUAUUACAUGAUCGGAUUGAUCUGACCGUUGAAAAACUGAGGAAAAAACCUCGAAUUCUAAAAAUUAAAAGAGUUCAAAGAUGUAAAACAACAACAAGUAUGCCUCCAGUGGAUACACCAAAUUGGUGUCUGACCGACAAGGCUCUUAAAAGAUUUAAUCGUUCAACAAAUGAAAUUCCAACAUAUGAUUAUAAUACUGAUAAAGAUGAAGAAAGUGACGAAUAUCAUAACGAUGAAUAUGAAAAUAAAAAAAGAAAAAAUAAAAAAAACAAAAAAAGCAAAAAAAGGAGGUUAUUCUUAUCAAUUAGCAUUUAUACGAAUUGAUUAAAAUAAAGUUGUAUGUAAGAUUAAUUUGAACAUUCAAUCCAAUUAAUUUUAAAAUAAAAUAUGUAUAUUUUU